GAUACCAGAUAACAAAGUUACGUUUUUCUCUUAUCAUAGUAGAAUCCACUUGUUAAUUCUCUACUCCAGUAGUUUGUCAUUCCGCAUAUAAAUACACGUGGGCACGUGCCGGUCGAGCAUGCAUUCCCCAACCUGCAAUAGACGGGUACGACAAGUAUAUUAAUAUAACUUUAAAGGGCAGUGUCAUAUCGUCACAAUUCCACGCAUCAGCCUGGAAACUUAAUCGAUAAUUUCUUUAAACUCGGUUUUAAAUAUCCAACCUGGAAAUUCUUUCUUUUUUUUUUAUUAUUAGUAUUAUUAUUUCUUUUUCUUUUUAUUCGUCUUUUUACUUAUGCUACGAUGUGUGUAAAUACGCCAGUCAGACAAUAUCGAGUUAAGAAAUCGAUGUGCCCAAUGCGAUCCGUCUAAAGAUAGAAUUUGUUAGAUGGAAAACAAGAGAGAGACAGACAGAGAGAGGGGGAGGCGGAGAGGGAGAGGGAGAGGGAGAGAAACAAAACGUGGAUCAGUACCAGUGAUGGAAGUAAGAGAAUGAGAAGGAGGAGAGGAAAAAGGUGCCUUUGAAGCGACGACGAUCGCAGAUGAAAUCAAUCGCGGUGAGGGUUGGCGAGAAACGGCGAAACCAUGCGGAACGGCGUCAAGCGGUGAAGGUAUCUCAAACAUGGGGUGCUAUGCCUUUUAUAAACGGAUGAAUGAACGAAGAUGCUCACAAUCGUUUUAAAGUAUGACCCACGCCCUUCUACCUGCUGAUAUCUAUAACACGCAUAUUUCUCUCUCUCUCUCUCUCUCUCUCUCUCCCUCUCCCUCUCCCUCUCCCUCUCCCUCUCCCUCUAACGUGUAGUAGUUGAGAAACUUAGAUUUAUGUUUCUACUCGAGGACAGAUAUAUACUUUGCUGGAAAAGUACUUCUCUAUUGUCGUCGAGCGUUUUCUUAUUCGUCCAAAGAAAACUAUGUUUAAACAGUUGAAGUAAAAUGGCGAUUUUCGUAGAAUGGUGAAGGAACAAACUAGAGAACAGGUAUCAGUUUAAAAGUAAUCGAAACCAAGUUAAAGGAUCUGCUACGGAGACCUAUCGAAAGAACAAUGUAUUCGCUGAUGUAGACGACCAAAGAAUGAUCCUCUCUUUCACCCUCCCUAUUUUUCCUUCUUUCUUUGCAUUUGUGAAAAAAGAUACGGUAUGCAGCUUUCCCCUUAGAAUCUAUCCGUCACUCUCCUAUUCCAUUUACGAACUUACCGAAUUUCUUACCUGAACGACUGGCUUCUUACCUAAACUCGCUAAAAAGGUAUAUUACACCGGUGUCGGUUUGCGGAGGGUAGUCGAAUUCCUAGAACUAACGACACCUGUAUACGAUGCUAAUUUCAAACGUUUCUUCUCCAAUGUACCUGAAACAUUCCACUUGUCUCUCUAUCUUUAUCUCUUUCUCUUCUUCUCUUAUGCAUUCAAUUUGUUGAAAAACUAACCAGUUUUAUUGAUAAUCGGAUCGAAGAGGUCAAUAUACCGCGCUACGAUCGACGAUGAUUAUUAAUAGCGCAAUUCGUGUCAAAAAAUCGACCUCGUGUCGAUCUUUGUCUUAUUUAUGGAAUGACAUUUGCUUGUCCAAGAAGAGAUUGAUAAUAAUUCCAAAUAAAAACAUCGAUUUCAGAGAAGUUCUUUAUUGUCGUCGAUUAAAUUCCGCGCUCUCGUCAGAGAUGAUGUAAAGUAAAAGAGGUUACUUAAAAAUAUUUUGUCAAAAUAUUAUAACGAACAUUCUCGAUCCAUAUGUAUUCAUUUGUCUCCGUUCUGAUCGAGAUGGUGCUGCCUCCUUUUUCCACCGUAUUCUUUAAUUCGAUCAACGAUUUCAUUUUGCUGGAUUCUCGGAGGACAUUUAAUUAACGGAGAAGACCCGUAUUUUGAGAAUAUCAAAUGACCUCGACGUGCAACGCGAUACGUAAUGCCGAUAUACCGAGGCAAAAAAUGUCGUUUGUAUUAUAACGAUGGAAUGCGCGAUUGAAUUUUGCUUCGAGUUGAUUAUUUAAAUCCUUAUACAAUGUUAGGUAGGUAGAUAGAUAGAUAGAUAGAUAGGUAGGCGAUAGAUUCGAAGCGUCCAUUCAUAAAAACAAAAAGAAACAGAAAUAGAAACAAGAAGAGACAUUUCCGUAUCUCCUUUUCCUCUCGCUUCAGAGAUCUGUGUGUUAAGUUGUGAACGAAGUGCGCGAGUCGCACGUGCUUCGUGUUGCCAAGCGUGUAAGUGGGAAAGGAAAGAAAAAGAAAGAAAGAAAGAGAGAGAGAGAGAGAGAGAGAGAGAGAGAGAGAGAGAGAGAGAGAGAAAGAGAGAAAGAAAGAAAGAAAGAACGAAAGAAAGAACGAAAGAAACGACAGUGUUCUUCGUUGAGAGAGAAAAAAUACGAAGGUACGAUUGGUCGCGCGAAAAUGCGACCACGUAGGAAAUUCAAAAGCGAAAGAUCACGACGAAUGAUGGCGAAGAAAGGAAACAAACGAACGACGAAUGUCGCUCGACGAACGUAGCCAACUUCUUCUACUUCGAAUAAUUUUACUUCUGUUACACGCGUAACGAGCCGACGAAUGGUUCUUCUGUGUUAUAUAUUGCGUGUGUUACGCUACAUACCUGUAAGAAGUCUCCUACUUCGUCCGACGGAAGAAGAUAGAGAAAGAGAGGGAAGGAGGGUGAGAGACGGGGCGGGAGGGAGAAUGAGCGUGGAAGGGUGGGAGAGAGUGAAAGAGAGGGGCGCGAAAGCGAAGAAGGACGCGAUACAAUGGUGAAGAAUCUCGGGGAGGGUAGGACGAUGGGUAAGGCGAGCCGAGCCAAGCGAUUCGAGACGCGGCACGGCACGGGACAAGGGAGGGCAAAGGCAAGGCAAACACCGUGAGUCAGAGCCAAAGUAGGAAGUUAGCCAGGACAUUUUGUUAGAGGUUCGAAACAGUUCAAGAAGAUACAAGUGUUUAUCUAAGAAAAGAUCUUUUGGAGGAGGAUGCUUGGCAGUUGGGGUUGGGAAGAAGUAUUGGAGUUGGGAGAGGGAACAACACCCCUGUUACAAAACUGUCAGAGAAGAGAAAGUCCAGAUUCGACACAUCCUGUUCCAGAUAGUCGGGUGCUGAGGUAUGCUCCCAGCCGAUGUCACCCCCCCGCCAGCGUCAAUUCGUCACAGUACAGCUUGCAGCCUCCUCUCGACUGUACAGACUAGCAGCGUGAGGUGGCAAAAAUGCUGACUGCUCAUUCUGAGAUGCAUGAAAAAAGAGGUCCCCUAGGAGGUGGACAAUAUGGAGCAGGCGGGGGUGGUGGCACUUCGAUUGAAGAAAAAUGUAUUCAAGAACAACCACCCCCGCCUCCUGCUCCUCCACAACGGGAUCCAUCGGAUCCAACAAUUAGCGCUAAAAAACUUCCAAAGAAACGAAAAUUUGAUCCAUCGGAACUCGAAGAAAUGGAUAAAUGUAGUAAUGUAACAAGCAAUGUUAAUAAUAUGAUAAAUACGCGUGCCCCGAACGUAUCUAUUGCUUGUUUAGUUCAACAUUCAAGUUUGACUAAUCGACAGUCUCCGCAACAACAAGAAGCAGACUGUUAUCAAAUGUCAACACCAUCGGUGGUAGUUUUACCUCCUCAGAGUACAGCUGUAGAUUAUUCUCUGAGAGAAGAACCUAUGCGUGCUCGUCCUCGACCUGCUACGGUUGCUAUUGAUCUCAGUGAGUGGCGUGACCACAGAGUGUUAGCUUUAAGGGAUUCAUGUUAUUAUCCAGGUGUUAUUCGUAAUGUGAUUCAUGGAGAGAUUCUCAUAGAAUUUGAUGGAGAAAGGAAGUUAGUGCGUUAUGGUGAUGUUCUAGGUGCGGGAAGGUAUGAUGUGAUAGGGGAUGCUAGCCCGUCUAUAGGGCAAGUGACUUUAGAUGCGAAAGUUUGCAUUAGAUGUCCAACAGCAAAUAGUCACAUAGACGCAUUAACUAAAGUGUUUGUGAAAGGGACAGUGUGCAAGAUAUUAACAAAGCCUAAUCGUUUUGUUGUUAAAAUACCAAGAGAAGACGAUCAGAGUGAUAGUUAUGUAGUGAAACGUGCAGAUCUGCGUUUGGUGCAACCUCCUUGGUGGGAUGAACUAGAAGAGGGACUGGAAGAUAUCGACUCUAACAGAGUUGAAGCAGUUGAUCAUGGAUAUAGAAAUUCUGUGGAAGCUUCAACAGCAGUGUCAAUUUUGCAACUCCAUCAUACUCCUCACCAUGCAUCUCAUAUAUCUACGCAUAAUGAUACAACUGGUUAUUAUAGAACAACUGGUACUAGUCCUCUUAUGACAUUAGGGACUCCUGCACAUUCUGCUAGUACAGCAUUAAGUAAUGGAAGCCGACCGUACGAUGAACUUGAGAGUGAAGAUGAUUUGGAUAGGGAAAAUAUUACAUUUCCUUCAGAUGCAGAUGCAAAAUUAUCAGGAAGCAGUAAACGAAGCAGUAUGCAAAGCAGAGGAAGUACCAGCAGUUUAGUCGAGCAACGCAGUAUAACACCGCGUUCUCAGGCAGCCACACCCAGAUCUCAGGCGGCUACGCCACAUAAGUAUAAAAAGGGUGAUGUAGUGUCUAUGCCCAACGGAAUUACGAAAAAAUUCAAUGGGAAGCAAUGGCGUAGACUUUGUGGUAAAGAAGGAUGUUUUAAAGAAAGUCAAAGGAGAGGAUUCUGUUCCCGACAUCUCAGUUUGAAAGGAUCUUGUCUUAGAGGCCCGACAAAUGCGUUUCCUGGUGGAAAAAUUGACGGAGAAGAAACAUCAAGAGGUUCUGAUACUUCUCCAAACUAUGGAGAUAGAAGAAUCGCAGGGCGCUUUGAUCAGGAUGAGACUGAAGCUGCUAACAUGCUUGUGUCUUUAGGAAGCUCUAGAUCAGCCACACCAGCCUUUUCAUCGCCAACGGGUCAAUCUUCCAUAUCACCGUGUAUAAAUCAGUCUCCAGUACCACCGUUAGGCCUUAACCAAAAUAAUGUAUUUAUGCCUAUUUCGAGUCCUGCACAUCACGCAGCUCCCUUAAUCUCGCCUAGCGCAAAAUGGAAACAUUCUCCUACGCAAUCGAAUUUUUUGGUUCAAUAUCAGCAGCAAGUAAUUAAACCUGAACCAAAUCGAAUGGUUAGACCAAGUCGACCAGCUCCUACUGCUCCUGUCCCUGCAAGUAUAGGGACGAGUGUAAUAAGAAUCUCUCCAGUGGGUCGCGGAAUGCCCGGGCAAAAUUUAACUUUGUCGUGGUCAGAACAAAGCCCACCACCAAGACAUCCAUCAGUCGUAACGUCUAUAGCUCAACAACAACAAGGAAUUAUAUUGCAGCAUGCAUUGACAUCGAGCAACAAUUUUUCUAAUCAUUCUGAAGUUCCUGAACAGAAUACACAACUUCUGAAACCAUCGCACUCACCUCAUAUGUCUUUAUCUGCUCCGCCACCGCAAAAUUUGACUCUUCUACAUAAGCCACAAGAACAACCAGUUGAUUAUGCACAGACAGCACAGCCACAAAAUCAGCCAAUUUAUGUGAUGCAACAUCAGCAUGAAAAGAAGUACCUUGUUAUAAAAAAUAAUAUAGAUAUCUCUACGGCAGGACAUAUAGGUAUUCAAGAUGAUAAAUAUAGACAAGGUUUAAUGAAUCAUUUGGCACAGCUUCCAGCAUCGUUACAAAAUCAAUGUCAAUCAUCGCAGACUCCUGCUGUGUCCGUCCAUAUCGAUAAACUCUCUGUUUUACAACAAACUAAUAAGAUUGGGAUACAUACAUCCGCGCAUAUGGAUGUACAAAGGAAUUCAGCACCAUCCACGAACGUUGUAAUGUCAGCCGCAACAGAAGUUACUAAUCCAUCAACUCCUACCAGUGUCUUCCAGCAUGUAAUCGUUCAGCCUGGACAUCUAAUACAGAUCCCGAAAGCUCAACCUCCUAGAGAAGAAAAUUCAAAAAAUAAUGGAGUCCUAUGUUUCACAGAUGGCAGCCAUGAUGUUCCUUCCGCAUACCAGCCCCAUCCCCCAUCAUUACUGAAUAAUGCAGUGCGCAACUGGAAAAAAGCUUUCUCCUGGCAAACAACAGUUUUGGAUCAAUCAGAGGUGAGUCCUCCACCAUCUGCUCUCAGUCCACCCUUGAGUGCACCACCGAUUCCAAUAAGUAUCAAUACAUCCGGCGAGGAUGGCUCAGCACCAGGUGCAGAUCAAAUUACUCCUGCCGAAGAAGAAGAUGAUGAUGUUUUUGAAGCAGAACCGACAACACCUGCAGAGAUUGAAACUAAUGCCAAUAAAAGACGUAGUCAAUCCCUUAGUGCUUUGCAUUCCAAGGAGCCACAGAGUCCACUAAAAACAAAGGAUAGAAUACGUCGACCGAUGAACGCAUUUAUGAUAUUUUCGAAACGACAUCGCGCAGUUGUGCACCAAAGACAUCCGAAUCAAGAUAAUCGCACUGUUUCUAAGAUUUUGGGGGAAUGGUGGUAUGCUCUGGGUCCUGAAGAGAAACAGAAGUAUCAUGAUCUUGCGUCUGAAGUUAAGGAGGCACAUUUCAAGGCACAUCCAGAUUGGAAAUGGUGUAGCAAGGAUAGAAGAAAAUCGUCCACAACGAGCUUUAAGGGUAGCGAUUCUAGAGGAAAAUUAAAUAGUACUGGAGAAGAAACGGAUAUGGGGCCACCGACGGAAGAUGUACCUUUAACGCCAAGAGGAACAGACGAGGUGUCUGUUCCGGUUACAACAGUAUACACAGAGACUCCUACUAUUGAGAUUAUUAAUCAGACACAUGCACCACAUCGUAUUUUGGACAUACCUUUACAAAUUGACACUACCGAACCUGAAUCGAAACAAGACGAAGAUGCUAAUGGAUCGGAUGAUGACCAAAUGGUUAUUUGCGAAGAUCCUCAACCAGAGAUAGAUUUGAAAUGUAAAGAUAAAUUGACCGAUAGUGACAAUGAUGCACAAGAGGAAGAUAUAGACAAGAAAUCUUUUAAUCAAUCGCAAUUUUCACCUGUUAGUGGGCAAAAAAGAGAUGGAGUGAAUGUCAAACAGGAGAUAACUUGUAGACCUAAACCUAUAAAAGCACGAAUACCGUCAACAAGUAUAGAAACCACAACCAAGUAUCACCAUACUUCCAUUGAUAAAGGUGGCACAGUUUCAGUUUUAUCGAGCACUUAUCCUUACCAUAGUCCGAUAAAUCCAACAGGAGUAUCAGGAUUUCAACCUACGGGUGGUGCGUUUAUAACCAUGCCAGUGUCACCGAAAGUUAUAAAACCGGAACCAGUGAAAACUGAACAACAAUAUAGCACUCAAUAUAGCAUGAGUAGUCUUGUGGCGAACAUUCAUACUGACAAUGGAAGAAACGUACCUAAAUUUACAGCUGCUCCUGUGCUACAUUCGAUUGGAACGAAACCUAUGAUGGCUCUGUUGAAACAACAGCAGCCGUUGCAGUCUUUAGCCACUACCGCUCAUCCCCUUACUUCUGCUGUCCCUUCUCAACCACCGUUCACUCUUACAUUGCUUGAUAACAAUUUGGUGGCUAUUUCCAAACCACAGCAGGGACCGCAGUACCUUGGCCCUACGACACCGCAUCCCCGGAUGUAUUGCGGCUUCAAUAUACCUAUUUCUGAUGCUGGAAGCCGCAAUAUAUCUUCGCAGAAUUUGAUCUCCGGUACCAAGGUUGAAGCACAAAGUGUUAUCGUGAGCAAGCAUUAUCCAGUUUCUACAAAUUCUACAACAUCGCCUUAUAGAGGAAUCAGUCAUUCUAUCGCACGUUUAGCAGAAUCUGACAAAAAUGAUACCCAAAUAGUAUCGAAUCAUGCUCAAUUUUAUGGGAGCAAUAUAAAAAGUGAGCAAGAUAGGAAAGAUGGAGGCAACGUUCUUUUAACAUCUUCAAACGAUAAACUCAAACAACCACUUACGCCGCAUACACCGCAUACGCCUCAUAGCAGUCACAUUAAUAGUGAACAUUCAUCAAAUAAAUCAUAUUCUGUAGAUGAAGAUCCAAAUAGCGAUGUAGGAUCAAAUAAAGGUCCUUUUAUGCUAGCACCGACACCAGCUCAACUUGGAAGAGCACCAUUGCAAAGAAGACAAUUAAUGGCAAUGCCCUCCACAACAAACACAGGAGAACAUGGGCUUUCGGUGUCUCAACAACGUUCUGACCAAAGUCGACCACAGGGAAACAGUUCUCAAUCUUCCGAAUCUAUGCAACAACAAAAUAUGUCGGAGUCUCGUACAUCUCCAUCCCCUUCAACUAAAAAAGGCUCCUUCUUUAAAAAGAAUGUCGAAGAUGGUAUGGAUAGGGUUCUUGAACAAGUAAAUUUUCAAGAGAAAUUUUCGUCGUUACCAGAAUUUAAGCCGGAAGAUAUACAGAGCCCAAGUGCAAUCACUAUAAAUACUCCAGGUUCUUCUGGUCAUAGCACUGUUACUUCUGGAUUACACUCAUCAAACUUACAAGCUUCGAUGCAAGGUUAUCGGAAGAAAUCUCAAGGACCUCAUAGAAGUAAUUUAAAUGAAGAUGAUAUUGAUUCUGACGCGUCAGUGUCCGCUACGCCAAAAUCAACUUCGAGUGUCAAAUUGACGGGAACUACGUUCUUUGGUCCAGAUUUUAAUAUCGAUGCAUAUAGACUUAAUACAGAUAUAGCAGGGGAAGUAGAAGAUACUUCUCCGCGGACUCCAAAAACGCCUGUAGGAGGUGUAGGAAAUGCAGUAGGGAUUGGUAGAAAUGAAAAUGAACGUGGUCAUAGGAGAAUGUUGGAACAACGGAGACAUCUCGUGAUGCAAUUAUUUCGGGAACAUGGAUAUUUCCCUUCAACACAUGCUACCUCUACGUUUCAAGCAAAACAUUCUGAUAUAUUUCCUAACAAAACGAGUUUACAAUUGAAAAUUAGAGAGGUCAGACAAAAAUUAAAAGCUAAUUCAACUCCGAUGAGCGCUAACAGUUUAGUUAGCCCGCUGCCUGUUUCUGAAUCCUCGCCUAAUGUGACUGGACCAUUGACUGCUCCUCCUACGUCGAUGGGAGCUCCACAUUCACUGCCUGUAAGCAGUAGUGGUAGCUAGCGCCCACGUGCCAACUGUGAUACUGUGCAUCCCAUUACUCCACAACACGAGUAUAUCAUUAUACUUUGAAGAUGAAAGCGAUGGCUUAGUAAAAUCGCUAUUAUGCCAUUUCUUCGGAAUAUGUAAAAUACAGCAAGGCUUUAGUGCAAUUUGAACCUUUGUGUAAUCUGGUGCAAAUAAGAUGUAGAUGAGAACAUGAUGAAAGGCGACAAGGCGUGUUAAUAUGCAAGCAUCGGUAAUAUUUUUAUGUUGUAUAUAAUAUUGAACUACUAUCGACCGCUUUUUAAAGUCAUAUCAAUUAACUUAUUAUAUUAACGUUUUCACACAUAUUCCUUUUUAUCGAAUACGAAAUACCGAAUCACAAAUAUUUGUACGACAAAUGAAUUACAAUAGAUCAUUGAUUACAAUAUUUACGACUAAAUUAGAUAUUAAAGAUUUGAUUAUUAUCACAAAUUUGAUGUAUCUCUUACUGUUACGUAAGAAGAUAAUCAGUUUAUUUGUAAUCAUAAUUUAAAGUACUUUUUAAUCCUCCUUACUUAAUUUUUGUAACAAAAAAAAAAAAAAAAAGAAUGAAAUUCUUCCCGAAUACAUUGCCAAUCAGCGAAAUUAUUUUAGUAAUUCUAAAUAAUUUUAAUAGUCUGCAAUAGAAAAUGCUUGCAGAACUUAUGAACGUUAAUAAGCACGUACGCUUUGUUAGGAAAAACUACUCGCUCUUUUUACUACCCUAUUAUUUCUAUUUUUUUGAGGAUUGUAAAUUAUAUGGGUCAAUGAACAUCUGUAAAUAUUAUUAGUAAAGUACGCAAAUCUCUCGAUGCGUAACGUUACACAUAUCUAUUAUAUUAUCCAAUUGUAAAAUUGUAUCCAAUUGUAAAAUUUACUAUAAACCAUGAUGUAUAGAUAAGGUAAAAAUUGGUUCUCAAUUCGGCCGUUUAAUUAUUAUUCCCUAAAUAGUUAAUCACUCUGAUAAUAAUUGAUUGGCAAUGUGCGAAUAAAAGAAAGUAAUAAUAGCUCCACAUUCCAAAUGCACAGACUUGAUUUUAUGAAGCAGUCAGUAAUAAGUAGAUUUAAUAGUUAUUUUAUUAAAUCAUUACAUUUUAAUAUAAUUUCUCUGUGCAAUUUUGAAUAUUUAAUAAACGUUCGUAUAUUAACACGCCUUUACUAAAUCAUGAAAGGCCUAAGCCAUUGUUAAAUAUUGUUAAAGCUGCUAUAAUGAGAUCCAGUACAGAGAGAGAAUUGUAAUUGAAGAGUAUUAGGAUAAUGAAACAUUAUAAUAUGGAAUCAGAGUUUAUAUACUUUAGUUAUACUUUAUAUAUGAUAAAGUUGGAAAAGAGAGAAAGCUAUAGAUUCAAAAACUGCGAUAAACGUUGCACAAAAUUUACCUGAUGCAGACAGCAGAUGUGUUUAUUUUACUUGUAAAUACUAUAGCAUGACUCGUGAUAGGAAGCAUCCAGAGAGUUUAAAAUGUCUAUAAUGCUGAAUCUUAAUAUUUUGAGAUAGUAGCAGGUCUUUGGUGAUUUAUAGGACAUAAAAUAGGAGGUAAAAACCGUGCCAUCGUAUGGCGACAAGCGGGAGAAAGCAUACGGUAUAAUUCCCUUGUUAGUUAAAAGUUAAUGAUAAGAUGACACUUGAUAUAGGUAAUAUGUAAUGUUUCCCAUAUUCUUGAAAGUACUUAUUUACCGUUUUUAGAGCUUUGCUGAAAUUCAACGCACUCAUAUAUAUAUGAUAUAUAUAUUUUAUCGGUCUUUUAAAAUGAUCUUUAUUUUUAUUUUUUUUUUCUUUUUUUUUUGUUCUCUUUUUUUCACCAUCUUAGAUAUAAGUGGUUUUAUUCUGGCUAUUGUACUUCUUCAACCUUUUCCUUUUUGGCCAUGACAGGUGUUUUAUUUCUAUUUUGAUUUGUAGCUUUGAAUCCAUUCAAUUUAUUAAUAAUACGUUGCGAUGAAAUAAGUCAUGAAUAUAAAAUCUGUGUUAUACAGAAGUAUAAUAUAUUUAAUAUUCUACAGAUACAAAAAUUUCAAGUUUAAUGAAUCUUAUAGAAAUCUAUUAUUAUCUUUAAUGCUUCAAUUUACUUUAAAUUUAGUAAUUGUUUUAACAGAAGCAUUAUUUCUUAACAGUUUUAGCAAAUUUGUUACCUUACAUUAAUACCACAUAUAAUAGUUAAUUUAUUUUAAUAUCAUUUUAUAAUUUUUAAACUUUCUCUUUUACGUUAUCCGAGUAUGAUAUAUCUCUGUUUCAGUGCGUUGAAUUUUAACAAAGAUUGUUGAAUUGGGCUGUAAUAUAAUUAGAGAUAUGUUUAUAAAGCGCACUUUAUAAAAGAAUUAAAGUCUUGCGCAACAGUACGCAUAUUGUAGUUAAGAUAGGAUGACUAUCUAUUCUACGUAUUUUGUAAAUAAAAAAACGCAUAAUACACACAUAUAUAUGCGUAUAUAUUUAUAUACAUAUAUGUAAGUAUAUCUAUGUGUGUAUAUUAUAUUAAUAAUAUACAUAUAUAUGACAAUAUAAAUAUGUGUAUUAUUAAUGUACAUAUAUAUAUUAUAUAUAUAUUAUAAAAUAUUUAGGAUAUAAAUAAAAUAAUAGGCUAGAGCAUUAUAAUUUGCAAAGUAAUAGUUAUUAUAAACAUAUGAGCAAGAACAGGCUAGAUUAGUUACGAAUACGGGCCUUCGUAUAUCAUGGAUUUGCAUUCGUGAUGGUUUCCUCAUUCUUUCCCAAUAAAUACAAAAAUAUAUGUGUAUUCAUCUAUGACUCUGCAUGUACGGGUAUAUGUAUAGAUACAUAUACGCAUGCAUGGACAUACACAUAUUGAUUUAUUCAUUUUCUCAUCACUUUUUGAAUUAUUACUUCUAUGAGGCAAUUAACGCACUAGUGGCAAGUAAUAAUAUAUGAAAGAGGAUGCUUAACACCUAUAAUGAUCUUUUAUAUAGGAUCUCAGUUUGCAAUUGUGAUUUUUAGCUUCUUUAUAUAUUUGUUUUAUUAAAACUGAGAUAUCUUUAUUAUGAUUCAAUUUAACAAUAAUCUAAUUAAUGUGGCUACGUGUAUGUAAAAUAUAUUUCUUUGCUCUUAUACGUAUCAAAUCAUUAAAAGUAUGCAUUAAAAACUUUAAUUAAUUAUAAAUAUGUUAUUUUAUCAAUUAAAAUAUCUCUGUAUUGCAAUAUUUUUAUUAUACUUUUAAUUGCAUUGAUAUUGAUAUUUAAAUGAAUUGUCAGAUUAAUUUUUUGUUUAUUGUAAUGUAAACAUUGCGUUUGAAGAAAGAAAGAAUAAACAGGCAGAAUAUAAGAAGAUAUAAAGGGAAUUUUAAUAGUUCUCAAGUUAUACUAUAAUCAGUAUUUUUCUUUGCAAUGCACGAUGUCUUUCUUAAAAUUGUCUGUCAUACCUAGCCAUACUAAACACGUAAGAUAUAUUUUAAUAUUUUGGUAUAAUUAGUUAAUAAAUAUGUAUCGCAUACUAAGAUAUAAUUAACAACAGGUUUUUAUUAGGGAUGAAGCAUCCUCUAUACUUGCCACGCUUAAAGAAAUUAAAAAAAAAAAUACUAUAUUUUGUACUUGUGUAAACUAGUGAACUACUUUCCAGUAUUGAUAAGAUUUUUGAGCAUGCUUUGGUAUUUUCUUCCCCCUUUCUUCGGUUAAAAGAGGUGAUGAAAUAUGUUCUACGAUUUAGCAGCCAUAAAUGAGACUGUGAUCUAGAAAAACAGAAGUAAAGUAAAAUGGCGGCUAUUCUAUUGGCAAUUUCUUCACCACAUCUUUCCCUUCAAUUACCUUCCUCUAAUUUCUUCCUAUAUGUAUGAAAAAAAAAUUAUGCACUCAAAUAAAUCAUCCUCUGCACUUUUUUUAUUAA